AAAAGUUAUAUAGGACUGGCAACAGCAAAGACAAAUUAAUCAAAUCAGAACAGCAGCCAAAUCGGAAGAGAAAGGAAAAUGGGAAAAUCAACGGCUAUGAAGCAAGCGGCGGUGGUUUUCGGGGCGCUAGCGUUUGGGUGGCUGGCCAUAGAGAUGGCAUUUAAGCCUAUCCUGGACAAGGCUCGUGCCGCCAUGGACAAGUCCGACCCGGAUCACGAUCCCGACGAUAUCGCCGUUCGCAACAACGCUUCAGAUCGCGAAAGCGACGCUGUCGUGGAGGGGGAGGAUGAAUCUACUAGUAAGAGGCCUACUUCUUAUGCUGAUGCCGUCGCCAAGAACUCACCACUGGCAUAAUCCUAACAGUAAGGUGCAGCUUAGGAACAAGAUCUUUGGGGUUUUGUCGAAGCAAUUAAAGUACCUUUGGAUGUUAUAGGAUUAGUGAAAUUAGUGCCGUGUUCGUAGAAGUAUUUUCAAUUUCGAAUUGCUUGCUUCUACUUUUUGCUUAAAGAUAUUUUUAAGUUAUCCGUAUGUUACCAUUUGAUUCCUGUUUUUUCUGCCGUUACUUUAUUUUUUUAUUUUGUCUAAAUCUUAUGGACUGUUUUCUUUUAUUUUUGAAAAUUAGAUAGAAGCAUCAAAUUUUUGAAUUUCAAAUUUUCAAGUGUAUACUUGUUAUUCAAACUCGUGUUAAAUCUAAAUAUAAAAUAUUCAUACUUUAUCAA